AUGAAAUUAUUGCUUUUGUUUUUCUUAUUAGAAUACUCAGAUUUUGCCCCAUUACCAGCUGCUGAUGAUAAUGCAAAAUGUUCUUAAAAUGAUCUAUAUAUUUUAAGUAAAGCAUCUAUUAUUAGGGGAAAUUACAACGAUGUAGCCUCAUAAUUUAAUGGAGCACUUCUAUCUUCAGCAAGAACAACUACUUUUUGGACACAAGGUAUUAACAAUCUUCCUUUAAGAAAUUUACUCUACUACUACCCUCCAAAUCUUCUUUAAGGGCAUGCUGUUGCCUAUAUUGGUUAAUCAAUAAUCGUGGAAUUUUAUUAAGCAUACAAAAUCAAUACUGUAAAGUUUUGGAUGUUGGAUAUUGAUGAUAGAUAAACAGACAUGAAAGUAUUCGUAAUAGCAGCUGAUAGGAAGACUGAAAAAGUCAUAUAUGAUGGUAUUGUUCCACCUAAUGUAAAUGUUGUAAAAUUUUCUGAUUAAUUGGUAUCAGGAGUAAAAUUUUUUAAUAGAGGAGGGGAUAGUAAAUACCAUAAAUUUAUGUCGAUCAUCAAAAUAUAAGCUCUCUAUGCUUUUUGA